CCACCUCCUUCAGUUACCUGGUGGAGAGGGUCUACAUUACUAGAUGACAGCUACAAACCAACAGUUAAAGGUGUCGUCAGGAACGAACUGACUCUUAAGAAUUUACAAAGAUCUUUCCUUAUGGAAGUUUUCUCUUGUCAAGCAUCCAACACAAACUUAACGGUUCCAAAGACUAGUUCUGUCAUCCUAGAUCUUAACUUGAAGCCACUCGAAGUGUACAUCAUCGAAUCGAAUCGACCAGUAUCAGCUGGACAGGAAGUAAAAUUAGUUUGUGAAAGUACCGGUUCGAGGCCUCCCGCACAUUUAUCGUGGUGGAAGGACGGCAAGAAGCUAGAAUCGUACAAGGAGAGCGUGUCAGAUGAUGGAAACAUCACCACCAGUUUGCUAACAUUCACACCUUCUGUUGACGACAACGGGAAAUCUUUGUCUUGCAGAGCAGACCAUCCGACGUUGCCAAAUAGUGGAAUUGCUGAUAGAUGGUUACUCAAUGUACACUAUGCGCCCAUAUUGAAUUUAGCACUUGGAGCAAAUAUAUUGAGAUCGAAAAUUAAAGAAGGUAGCGACGUUUACUUCGAGUGCAACAUUAAAGCAAAUCCUAGAGUAACAGAAUUGGGAUGGAUUUUCGAUGGUAAACCACUCUUCAGCAAUACGAAUCCCGGAAUAAUAAUGAUUAAUCAGUCACUUGUAUUACAAAAGGUGAAGAAGGAUCAUCGCGGUCAUUAUAGAUGCAUCGCAUCCAAUUCGGAAGGUGAAGGAAAGAGUAAAGAUGUACAACUUGAAGUUCAGUAUAUACAUUGAUAGACACAGUUACAGGAGGGCAUGCACGAAAGAAAGAAGAAAUUUGCUGUAAAUGGUUGACAGUUUUGAUUUAUGUGCAACUUUACCUUGAUCAAUUUUAUGAAACUGAAGUUUACUGUGUCAUAAAUUCGGGUCAGGCGACAGUAUAAUAUACCGGACACUUCUUAUAGGCCUCUAAGGUAUCCUCGCCUAUUUGAUGAAUGGGUCAUUUUCAAACAUGGCAAACAGACAGUUUCUAUAGUUUUUAUAACAAAAACUAUGACUAUUUUUUCUAUAACAGCAAAAAAUAUUCAGCGAACUCUAUAUUU